AUGUGGGAGUGGGUCAGGAGAGCUGUGCUGCACUCGCUGGCCACGGCCCUCCUGCGCCUCUGGAAGUGGCUGCGGGCGUUCUGGUACAAAAAUGGCCUCCUGACUCUCUCCAUGCUCUCGGUGGUCACCGGAUGCCUCCUGGGGUUCCUGCUGCGGGCGCUGGAGCUGACAGACCUGGAGAAGCAGUAUUUUUCCUUUCCUGGAGAGCUCCUCAUGAGGAUGCUGAAGAUGCUGAUCCUGCCCUUGAUCACCUCCAGCCUCAUGUCUGGGCUGGCCACCAUGGACUCCAAGGCCUGUGGGAAGAUGGGGGUGAUCACCAUCACCUACUACCUUUGGACAACCUUCAUGGCAGUGACCGUGGGGAUCAUCCUCGUGGUCAGCAUCCAUCCUGGGGCAGCUGCCCAGAAGGACGACUACUCUGUGGGGAAAGUGGUGCUCAGCUCCGCUGACGCGUUACUGGAUUUAAUCAGAAACAUGUUUCCUUCUAACCUGGUUGAAGCUUCGUUCCAGCAGUACCGAACUGUUCUUGUCCCGGUGGUGAAAUCUCCUGGUUUUCCAAAGAUCCCGGGAAAACCUCUCAAUUUUAUUUACUUUGCACCUGAUGACAAAAACCCUGAAAUCCACCGGCCUGUGUUCCUUGAGCUGACACCAUCACCCGAGAUGACCUACAGGACCCUGGCUGGGACCAGCAAUGAGAUGAAUGUCCUGGGCAUUGUCAUCUUCUCAGCAACCAUAGGACUUCUCCUGGGGAAAAUGGGCGAGCGAGGAGCCCCCCUGGUCAACGUGUGCCAGUGUCUGAACGAAGCAGUUAUGAAAAUUGUCUCGAUGGCUGUUUGGUACUUCCCCUUUGGCAUUGUAUUUCUCAUAGCUGGAAAGAUCUUGGAGAUGGAAGAUCCCUCAGUUAUUGGACAGAAGCUGGGACUGUAUGUCAUCACAGUAGUGUCAGGGCUUGCCGUGCAUGGAAUCAUCCUCUUACCUCUGCUUUUUGUGCUCAUCACCAAGAAAAACCCCUUUGCUUUCAUUCAGGGGAUACUGCAAGCCUUGCUGAUCGCCUUAGCUACAUCCUCCAGCUCAGCCACCCUGCCCAUCACCCUCAAGUGUCUCCUGGAGAACAACGGCAUCGACAGGCGCGUGGCGCGCUUCGUGCUCCCCGUGGGCGCCACCAUCAACAUGGACGGCACCGCGCUCUACGAGGCCGUCGCUGCCAUCUUCAUCGCCCAGGUCAACGAGUAUGAGCUGGACCUGGGACAAAUCAUAACCAUCAGCAUCACGGCCUCAGCAGCCAGCAUUGGGGCCGCUGGGAUCCCACAGUCCGGGCUGGUCACCAUGGUCAUCGUGCUCACCUCCGUGGGGCUGCCCACCGAGGACAUCACCCUCAUCAUCGCCGUCGACUGGGCUCUGGACCGGCUGCGCACCAUGACCAACGUGCUGGGGGACGCGCUGGCCGCCGGCAUCAUCGCGCACGUGUGCCACAAGGACUUCGCCCCAAAGCCCCCCCCGCAGCAAAACCCAGUGAGCAACACAGACAAGUUUCUUUCUGCAGAGACCUCACACCUGCAUCCCAAGGACAAAGGGAUUGAAAUAACCGAGGAAACGCUGUUGGAUCAGACGGGAGUUCACUAUAACAUCUGCCAGGUGUAG